CCCCGUCCCCCCACCCUAAUCCCAAACCCAAUCCCUCUCCUCUCUCCACUCUCGCUACACCGAAGAGGAGAAAAUCAACAUGACAGUCGAAGUAGCAAACGGCGUCGCAGAGAAAAUCAACAUGACAGCCGCCAGCAAGAAAUCCCGCGAGAGCGAGCGUCGCCGGAGGCGGCGGAAGCAGAAGAAAAACAAGAAAGCCUCUGAAUCCACUGCCGGUGACGACAGCGAUACCGCCGCGGAGAAUGGUAACGGCGUCGAUGAUAGUGCCAAGGAAAACUCCGAUCCUCAAAAGGAUUUGGAGCCAGUUGACGUAGAGUAUGUCCCAGAAAAGGCAGAUUUUUAUGGUGACGUUGAUGAGGAAUUCAGAAAAGUCUUUGAGAAAUUCUGUUUUAAGGAAACUGCUGGUUCUGAGGAUAAUGAUAAAAAAGAUGAGACUGCCCCUGAUGCAGCCUUAAAGAAGAAUGUAAACUCGGAUUCAGAUGAGGAAGAACAGGAUGCCACGCAGAAGGAGAAAAGCAUUUCUAAUAAAAAGAAAAAGCUUCAGCGUCGGAUGAAGAUUGCUGACCUGAAACAGAUCUGCUCAAGGCCUGAUGUAGUUGAGGUAUGGGAUGCUACUGCAGGGGACCCUAAGCUGCUUGUAUUUCUGAAAUCAUAUCGAAAUACUGUUCCAGUGCCGAGGCAUUGGUCUCAGAAGAGGAAAUUUUUGCAGGGGAAGCGUGGUAUUGAGAAACAGCCUUUUCAACUUCCUGAUUUCAUUGCUGCUACAGGGAUUGAGAAAAUUAGACAAGCUUACAUUGAAAAGGAGGACAGUAAGAAGCUUAAACAGAAGCAACGUGAGAGGAUGCAGCCAAAAAUGGGAAAAAUGGAUAUUGAUUAUCAGGUUCUCCAUGAUGCCUUUUUCAAAUACCAAACAAAACCAAAGCUGACAGCACAUGGUGAUAUGUAUCAUGAGGGAAAGGAGUUUGAGGUAAAGCUAAGGGAGAUGAAACCUGGAAUGCUAUCACAGGAAUUAAAAGAUGCCCUUGGGAUGCCAGAAGGCACUCCUCCUCCUUGGCUUAUAAAUAUGCAGAGAUAUGGCCCUCCACCUUCUUAUCCCCAAUUAAAAAUUCCAGGGCUGAAUGCUCCUAUUCCACCUGGAGCUAGUUUUGGCUAUCAUCCUGGUGGUUGGGGCAAACCACCCGUUGACGAAAAUGGGCGCCCUUUGUAUGGAGAUGUUUUUGGCGAAUACCAACAAGAACAGCCCAACUAUGAG